CUCUUUCUCUCCAGCCGGGCGGCCAAGCGGUGCCUCAGACGCCACCAUGCAGAUCUUCGUGAAGACCCUGACGGGCAAGACCAUCACCCUCGAGGUGGAGCCCAGCGACACCAUCGAGAACGUCAAGGCCAAGAUUCAGGACAAGGAGGGCACCCCCCUGGACCAGCAGCGUCUCAUCUUUGCCGGCAAGCAGCUGGAGGAUGGCCGCACUCUGUCGGACUACAACAUCCAGAAAGAGUCCACGCUGCACCUGGUGCUCCGCCUACAGGGUGGCAUCAUAGAGCCGUCCCUGCGCCAGCUGGCGCAGAAGUACAACUGUGACAAGAUGAUCUGCCGCAAGUGCUACGCCCGCCUGCACCCCCAGGCCGUCAACUGCCGCCCACGGCCUCAAUAA